CCCCGCUGCCCGCGGUCCCGGCGCAGCCGCCAUGUCGGUGCUGGCGGGGCCGCCCCGGUGCCCGCUGCCCGGCGCCCCCCGUCCUCCCGCCGCCAUCGCGCUGGGCGGGGGCAGCGGCGCCGCCCGACACGGGGUCACCGCCAUCGACCUGCGCUUCCCCCGCGGCGCCCCCGCCCGCGUGCAGGAGAUCGUCUUCAGGAACUUCUACACAGCGUUCGUCAGUGUGCGGGUGCAGCGCCCCGGGGCGCGCCGCUGGGUCACCGUCCUGCGCGACCACCGCCUGAUGCCCUCCCCGCACGCCGAGGACGGCGCUCAGGACUACUUCUCCCUCCACCGCCACCAGAUGCUGUGCGACGUGGAGCAGGUGACGGCGAUGCGGUUCAUCCUGCGGCAGCCCUCCCCGGUUUGGCUCAACUUCACCAUCGAGGAGCUGCAGAUUUUUCCCCUGGGACAGAAGAGCUCCCCAAAGGAUUUCCCCUCCUGGCUGUCCCAGCUGACGCCUCCAGAGCAGCCGCCCAGCCUGCACGGGAGGGUGCGCCCUGGGGAGCACGUCCAGCGGGGACAGCAGGCGGGCAGAGGGAGGUCACAGCCACGGCGCAUGUUUACGGCUCGUGAGCCACAUCUGCCCGGCCGUCGGCCUUCGGAGCUCCCCGACCCCGAGAAGGUGUCGACGGAGGUGCAGCAGAUGUGGGUGCUGACGGAGGUGAUCCGGGCUCGCCAGGCAGCCGCGCGCAUCGGGCGCUUCGACGUGGACGGAUGCUACGAUAUCAACCUGCUUUCCUACACGUGAGCGCCGGCUGGCAGGGCCCGGCUCCUCUGUGCUUCCGAGGCCCAAGCAGACUCUGGUGCUCGUGCACAACCUUCAUCCCUGCGGCUCCAGGGGUGUCCAAGCCCUCCCCGCGCUCCCUCUCUGCCUUGUCCUGUGCGGUGGGCAGCGCUGCCGCCUCAGAGCCCCCCAUGGCUUCUCCCGCCCCGGUGUUCUCCAGCCUCUGCAGCUCUGCUCUCGGCACGUCCUGGCACUGCUGCUGGCCGAGCUGGCAUCCCGCACCCCGCGUGUGCCCCGGGGAGCAGCCCCCGGCCCUGCCCGCGGGGUGAGGGGCCGCGGGGGCCGCAGAGGCGCCCGAGGGGCACGGGAGAGCCUCGGUCACGACUAAAAGCUGCUACGUUGGUC